GGAUUGAUGACCACAGGUAGCGACAAGGCAAUCCAACCAGCUACUUGUGAAGCUAUCCUCCUAUAGGAGAAGCUAUCAAUGUAUCGCCCGCAACCAGCUGUAGGAACCGAAGGUGGAAACACCCCGUUAUCCAAGCCACUACAGAGAAGCGUAUCAUCCAACUCGAUAGACCGUCUUUCAAAGCCUUUCAAAUGUCCCGGGUCUGCCACCCCUACCCGAACUUCAGAUAAGCCUGCGAGAAAACGAAGGAAAGUCAACUAUGCGGGAGCAGAUGGAGAGGUGGAGGACAACAGCGUCAAGCCAUGGACCAACGAAGAACGUCUUGCUCUUGCGACAAGAGAUGCCAAUAAAUUCCCGGUCUUUAAGGUCAAAGACAAAGAAACCACGUUUAAGCAAAGAUUUCGGAUCCCUUUGAUCAACAAGUCCUCUGAUGAAUAUAAUCCUUCGAGACCAGCUCCCACUUUGGGAAUGAGGCAAGGUGCCACCUUUGUUGUGAAACCACUACACGAUCCCAGUGGAGAAUUUGCCAUAGUCUUAUAUGAUCCGACCGUCGACGAUAUUGAUGAGCCUCCGGAAUCGAAGCCUGAAGACAAGGGCACGGAGGAAACCAAAGCCAAGCUAGAUGAGCCGUUGAUGCACAAGAGCCUAGCAGAUAUACUCGGGCUGAAGAAGAAGGUUGAAUCUCGUCCUAAGGUCCCAGUGGUCAUAGAUCCCAGACUGGCGAAAGUUCUGAGGCCACAUCAAGUGGAAGGUGUAAAGUUCCUUUAUCGCUGUACAACCGGUAUGAUAGAUAAAAAUGCGAAUGGUUGCAUUAUGGCCGAUGGUAUGGGAUUGGGAAAGACUCUUCAAUGCAUUUCCCUCAUGUGGACGCUUCUGAAGCAAUCACCGGAAGCAGGAAAGACGACAAUUCAAAAAUGUAUUAUUGCUUGUCCGUCCAGUCUGGUUGGAAACUGGGCCAACGAACUUGUGAAAUGGCUGGGAAAGGAUGCAAUAACGCCGUUCGCGAUAGACGGCAAAGCCUCGAAGGCGGAGCUCACCUCCCAAAUAAAGCAAUGGGCAAUCGCAUCCGGGCGGGCCGUGGUCAGGCCUGUUCUCAUAGUUUCUUAUGAAACUCUUCGAAUUCCAAUUGGGCUUCUUUUGUGCGAUGAAGGCCAUCGACUCAAGAAUAAAGACAGUUUAACGUGGACUGCUUUGAACAGUCUGAAUGUGACUCGUCGUGUGAUUUUGUCGGGUACCCCCAUUCAGAAUGAUCUCUCGGAGUAUUUCGCGUUACUUCAUUUUGCCAACCCAAAUCUGCUGGGCUCGCAAAACGAGUUCCGAAAGAGAUUCGAAAUACCUAUUCUAAAAGGACGAGAUGCCGCGGGCACAGAGGAAGAUCGGAAGAAAGGCGACGAGCGAUUGGCAGAGCUGUCCGGUAUUGUGAACAAAUUCAUCAUUCGGCGGACGAACGAUAUUCUGUCGAAGUACCUACCAGUCAAAUACGAGCAUGUUGUCUUCUGCAACCUUUCCCAGUUUCAGCUUGAUCUCUACAACCAUUUCAUUCAGAGCCCCGAGAUCAAGAGUUUACUUAGGGGAAAGGGAAGUCAACCACUCAAGGCCAUUGGGAUAUUGAAAAAGCUAUGCAAUCAUCCGGAUUUACUUGAUCUCACGAGAGAUCUUCCCGGUUGCGAACAUACGUUUCCGGAGGAUUAUGUUCCACCUGAAGCUAGAGGGCGAGAUAGAGAUAUCAAAUCAUGGUACUCUGGAAAGAUGAUGGUUCUCGAUCGUAUGCUUGCUCGUAUCCGUCAGGAUACCAAUGACAAGAUUGUCCUCAUCAGCAAUUACACCCAAACUCUCGACUUGUUCGAGAAACUCUGCCGAUCGAGAGGCUAUGGCUCGUUGAGGCUGGACGGUACUAUGAACAUUAAUAAGCGGCAAAAGCUCGUCGACAAAUUCAAUAAUCCAGACGGUGAGGAAUUUGUGUUCCUUCUAAGCAGCAAGGCGGGCGGCUGUGGAUUGAAUCUGAUCGGCGCAAACCGCCUUGUGUUGUUCGAUCCAGAUUGGAAUCCCGCUGCAGACCAGCAGGCCUUGGCUCGAGUUUGGCGUGACGGACAAAAGAAAGACUGUUUUGUCUAUCGUUUCAUUGCAACUGGGUCGAUCGAGGAAAAGAUCUUCCAACGUCAAUCCCACAAGCAAUCACUCUCGUCAUGCGUCGUGGAUUCCGCAGAAGACGUUGAGCGACAUUUCUCGCUGGAGUCCCUCCGCGAGCUGUUCCAGUUCAAGCCAGAAACGCGAAGUGACACUCAUGACACAUUCAAAUGUAAGCGAUGCAGACCGGAUGGAACGCAGUACAUUAAAGCUCCAGCCAUGUUGUACGGUGACACCAGUUCCUGGAAUCAUUUUGUGAAUGAUGGCGAGAACGGCCAGCUCAGUAAGAUCCAAGAUCUACUGAUACGCCAGGAGACUGGAGAAAAAGAUGUGUCCGCCUUUUUUCAUAGCUACAGGUCGUUGAGCUCGAGUCCCCGAUUCACCGCCAAGUCUAGCCAGAAAUCGUCCCUCCACCAUGAGCACUAUUUAACAGAAAAUCGAGGGCUCGAGAAAGUCGUUCGCAAUGCCGUUUUCCGAGGAGAUCAUGAAGAGAUUCAGAAGAUUGUCGACCAGCUUUGUCAUGACUACGCCUACGCCGUACAUCAGCCGCAUGCGAGAAAUGGAGGUUUGAUCGGGUUAGCUGCAGCUUCAAUAGCGCUUGGAUCCGAGGGCGUUGCGCCAUAUUUAAAAGAGAUCGUGCCACCGGUUCUUGCUUGCUUUUCCGACCAAGAUGCCCGAGUCCGAUACUACGCAUGCGAGAGCAUGUACAACAUUGCGAAAGUCGCAAAAGGGGAGGUGCUUCUUUUUUUCAAUGAGAUAUUUGACGCUCUGAGCAAAUUAGCUUCCGAUUCCGAGCUAUCUGUCAAAAACGGUGCGGAGCUUCUCGAUCGACUUGUCAAGGACAUUGUGUCGGAAUCUGCUGCCUCCUACAUUUCGGUCUUGCAAUUAUCAGAGAAGCAUACGGCAGAUCCCGAUGCGCAGGAAGAGGUCGAGCUGCCCACUGCGUUUUCGUUGGCCAAGUUCAUACCCUUGCUGAAGGAACGGAUACACGUCAUCAGUCCAUCCACACGCACUUUCUUGGUGUCAUGGUUGACCUUACUGGACACCAUUCCCGACCUGGAGCUUGUGUCAUAUCUGCCCGAAUUCUUGGGCGGAUUAAUUGAGUUCCUUGGUGAUCCGAACAGAGACGUCAAUGUCACCACCCAGACUCUUCUCGACAGGUUUUUGUCUGAAAUCAAGAGGAUUGCACGCCUCAAGAAAGGCAUAGAAGAGAGUCGCAGAGAGCAAGGGAGUGACAACAGACAGUCGGCCGCGAGUGAUAGUGUCAGCACUACUACUGACCACACAGUGGCUGUGGACACUGAGCGCAGUGAAAAUGCUAUCGAGGACUCGGAGCCUGAGUCUGACCUCGAGGAAAAUGACUUACAAGCUGACGGAGACUGGAUCCCAGGGCAAGAUGUUCACAUUGACUAUCCCAAGAUUCUGGACAUCCUUGUGGGGUUUGUCGAUACCUCGUUUGAUGAGGAGAUGCAGUUAACUGCAUUACGCUGGAUUGACAGCUUCUUCGAGAUUAGCCCUGAAGAUAUCCUCCCUUUCGUCCCGCGUCUCUUGACACAGGUUCUCCCAGCAAUGUCUAGUGGUUCAGACCAAGUGCGGCAGGCCGCAAACCGCGUCAACACAUCAUUGCUUGAGUAUAUCGUCUCCCUGUCUGAGGAUAGCGCCGAGGAAACACGACAGGGUCCCCCUUCCAGACCAAUAUCCACCGCAAGCAAAGAGCUUGUGGAGAGAAGAGCAUCGACACCAAGUGGUCGUCAAUCUGUCGAAACGUCCCAGAGUGAGUCGAAAAAGCAAGCCUCUCAACAAGAGCUCCCCAAUGAACAGACACCUCGUAGCAGUGUGAUAUCUACGCCAAUUCCUCCAGCGGAUCUGGAUUAUGCCGCAGCCGUCAACUCGCUGACUUUGCAGUUCCUGAAUGAGAACGAAGCCACAAGGGUGGCUGCCCUGUCUUGGUUGAUUAUGUUGCAUCGGAGGGCGCCAAAGAAAGUGGUCGCAUUCAACGAUGGGACAUUCCCUGCACUUCUGAAGACGCUGUCAGACCCUGCGGAAGCUGUUGUCACAAAGGACCUCCAGCUUCUUUCACAGAUCUCGAGAAACAGCGAUGAUAGCUACUUUACAUCUUUCAUGGUCAAUUUGCUUCAGCUCUUUUCAACCGACAGACAUCUGUUGGAAGUCCGAGGCAACCUGAUCAUUCGGCAACUCUGCAUGAAUUUAAGCCCAGAGCGCAUCUAUCGGACUCUAGCAGACUGCCUCGAGAAAGAAGAAGAUAUCGAGUUUGCAAGUAUCAUGGUACAGAAUCUGAAUAAUAACCUGAUUACUGCACCUGAGCUAUCAGAUCUCAGAAAGAGGCUAAGGAAUCUUGACUCCAAGGAGGGUCAAAUGUUCUUUGUCGCUCUGUUCCGGUCAUGGUGCCACAAUGCUGUUUCUACAUUCUCUCUCUGUCUGCUUGCGCAGGCUUAUGAGCAGGCUUAUAACCUUCUUCAGGUCUUUGCUGAGCUUGAGAUGACUGUGAAUAUGUUGAUCCAAAUUGAUAAACUGGUCCAGCUCCUGGAGUCGCCUGUCUUUACCUAUCUUCGUCUCCAGCUACUCGAACCAGAAAAAUACCCGUAUCUGUACAAGUGUCUCUACGGAGUUCUCAUGCUCCUCCCUCAAAGCAGCGCAUUUGCUGCGUUGAAGAAUCGUCUAAAUAGCGUCAGCAAUAUUGGCCUCCUGCAUACCGGCCCUCGACUUACGAGCAUGGUUUCAUCCUCAUCAUCAGGCUACGAACGCGGCACUGGCAGUCGAUUGAAAAACCGCGAGGAAAACACCAUCCGGUGGGUCGAACUCCUCGAUAAGUUCAAGACCGUCCAGGAGAAAGCCCGCCGCGCGCAACGUGCUUCUCAACGGCAGUUCGACCAGGACGGCAGCACCGCAGGACUACGAAACCCCUCCCUCACGGCCGCCCUGUCUGCCGCUGCAACAGCCGACAGGGGCAAGGAGCGUGGGCUCCCGGACUCGCCUCGAGGCGGCAGACCGGACAUGGGUGGCUCGGGUGGGCGCAAUAGCCCCGGAGACUCUGGCACGCCUAACCGUGGCUCUCUCCUUAGUGGUACGCAGAGGAAUAAGUCGGGGCUUCCUAAUCUCAGUCGUUUAGGUAUUGGGAGCAGAAGGUCCAAGCGUUGAGAGAAACUAGCGUUGUCAGCGCACAAGCUCUGGAGUGCUAAAACAUGACGAUGCCAUUUUCGCUUCAGAAGUUUCCGGCUGUCUGCCUCUUUUCUUUCGCGCGUACCCAAGUGUCGCGUGUUUGUUACGUGGAAUGUCGUUGACCUAGGGCGACGUGGUACGACAGCCACACUAUAUCUAUACCCACAGUGAUAUCCAUACAGAUGAGAUUACUU